AUGAAGUUCACCCUAGGCCUGGGGUCGCGGGCGUGGAGAGUGUCCUGGGAGCGGGCGGCGGCGGCGGCGGGCGGCGGCGCGCUCGGCAGCGGCUCACGGUGCUCUUCCAGCCCGCGGCCCGGCCGCCGCGGCUCUCGGCUCGCGCGCGCCCUCCCUCUAUGCCUCUCCCGCGGCGGCGGCGCCCCAGCUCUCCCGGACCGCGCCGGGCCCAGCCCCGGCCGCCUCGGCGCCAGGCAGCCGGCCGGCCCGCGCGCCAUGGAGCAGACGUACGGCGAGGUGAACCAGCUGGGCGGCGUGUUCGUCAACGGCCGCCCCCUGCCCAACGCCAUCCGCCUGCGCAUCGUGGAGCUGGCGCAGCUGGGCAUCCGACCCUGUGACAUCAGCCGGCAGCUUCGCGUAUCCCACGGCUGCGUGAGCAAGAUCCUGGCGCGCUACAACGAGACGGGCUCCAUCCUGCCCGGGGCCAUUGGGGGCAGCAAACCCCGCGUCACUACCCCCAACGUGGUCAAGCACAUCCGGGACUACAAGCAGGGCGACCCCGGCAUCUUUGCCUGGGAAAUCCGCGACCGGCUGCUAGCCGACGGCGUCUGCGACAAGUACAACGUGCCCUCUGUGAGUUCCAUCAGCCGCAUCCUGCGCAAUAAGAUUGGCAGCCUGGCGCAGCCCGGCCCGUACGAGGCGAGCAAGCAGCCGCCGCCGCAGCCGGCGCUGCCCUAUAACCACAUCUACCAGUAUCCCUACCCCAGCCCCGUGUCGCCCACGGGUGCCAAGAUGGGCAGCCACCACGGGGUCCCGGGCACAGCGGGCCACGUCAGCAUCCCCCGUUCAUGGCCCUCGGCUCACUCGGUCAGCAAUAUCCUGGGCAUCCGGACGUUUAUGGAGCAAACAGGGGCCCUGGGGGGGAGCGAAGGCGCCGCCUACUCCCCGAAGAUGGAAGACUGGGCCGGCGUGAACCGCACGGCCUUCCCCGCCAGCCCAGCCGUGAACGGGCUCGAGAAACCUGCCUUGGAGGCAGACAUUAAAUACACGCAGUCGGCCUCCGGCCUCCCCGCGGUGGGCGGCUUCCUCCCGGCCUGCGCCUACCCGGCCUCCAACCAGCACGGUGUGUACAGCUCGCCGGCCGGCGGCUACCUCGCCCCGGGCCCGCCGUGGCCGCCGGCGCAGGGGCCCCCGCUGGCGCCCCCCGGGGCCGGCGUCACCGUACACGGCGGGGAGCUUGCCGCAGCCGUGACCUUCAAGCAUCCCAGCCGAGAAGUGGCCGACCGGAAGCCGCCCAGCCCCGGCGGCAAGGCCCCCGACGGCCUCGGGAGCUUACACGGACUGCCCGUCCCGGCCUCGACCUCCUAG